CAGGAUGACCUCGGAAUGGCCUGCAUCUCGGUUCAGUCCCGUUGCCUUGGCAACGACAUUGGCAAUCAUGGCUGUCAAAAGAGCAACAUCGAGUUACUGAAAAUGGACAAAAUAAGUUUACCAGCCCUUGAGUUUGAUAGUAAGUCAAAUCCAAAGGAUGAAAGUCCCAAGGAUGCCCCGCCUGAAGUUCUCGCUGGAAUUGGUGAAAUUUUAUGGAAGGCACAAGAGGACAUCAAACAAAUGAAAGAUGCAAUAUUGAAAGAAACAGGAAAUGAUGAGUUGGCUGCUGAAAGACUAAAAGUCAUUAUUGAAAAAGUUGAGAAUAAUAUCAAGCGACAAACAGAGGAUGUGGUGAAAUCUGUUAAUUCUAAAUGCUCCACUGUUGCACAGAAAACUGAAGAAUCUUCCAAAGGAGUUCCAUUUCAGAAAAGGGCAACCCAGAGUACUGCACCUAAUACCACAUCUCAAGUUCCUAAGCAAAAAUCACAAAAAAAGAUGGGUCCAGGAGUUUUGCCACCAGGCCAACAGUUUCUCAACUUGCAAAAACUGAAAGCUAUCAUCAACCCACUAAGUAAGGAUGCAAGGAAGCUGCUGAAUGAGAAAUACAGUGUUCCAUUGCCAUCAGCACCAGAAGGCCCCGAUGAAGAGGAACAACAAGAUUUACAGCAUAAACAGGCAAGAGUCAAAGCAAAAAGCCUGUCUGCAGAUUUGACAAGAGGAGCCAUCAAAGAUCCGGCGGCACCACCCCAGAUGACAGCUGAUGAUGCUAAGCAAGGCAUGCGUUAUCUUAUUGAAAGGAGAUUUAUACCGCCAUAUGCAAAAAUAACUCUAGAGCCGCCACCAGUGCAGACAAAGCAAUUAACGCUACGUCCUCACAACCAAGGUGAAGAAGAAUGUGAGAUUCAGUCAAAAGAGAACAAAAUGGACGAAGAAGAGAAACUGGACUAUUCGAAAGCUUUGGUUUCAAAAGACGCCCAAAGAGCUAUUUCAAGACAGUCAAGAGUUACUUUCAGGGACCAGCCCGAGUCUGCGGGAGCAAAACGGGAUAUGCGGUUCACUAAAAGCGACACUCAUGUCGGAAACAGAAGAAAUCCAAGAGUUUUGUCUGGUUUGAAUGACUCGGCAAGCAUUAAAGGAGUCCAGGCUCUCGUGCCCUAUUCUACUCCGACGUUUGAUGAUGAGAAAGUAAUACAUAAAUUUAUGAUUCAAAAUGGAAAAGCAAGGAGUUCAACAGAGGAAUUUUCAAAAUUUAAAGAUUUUUACCAGACAUCUUGGGGCAGCAUUGUAUCUCUUCUGAAGAAAAUGGAGAAAUUUUUGACGAACUAUUCAAUUCCUGUUGCUGUGGUUAACGGAGAUCAAUUUGUUGAUUUGGCGCUGUACUUUGAGGGCAAUCUAGCUCCAUCGAAGGAGGAUCUCCUUACUGCAAUCUGCAGGGAUGACGUAAGCAGGUUUUUGAUGAUUCCUGGGAGGCGGUAUAUAGCAGCAGAUGGCAGAGAAGAAGCAGCAACAAAGAUACAGAGCUCUUUCCGAAGAUAUAAAGACCGAAAUGCAUAUUUGCUCUAUAGGAAAAGAAAAUGGGCUGCAGGUUUGUUGGCACUAAACUGGAUUAUGAUAUGCAAGAUGUCUUUGAUAAGAAAGCAGCUACGACUUGCUAGAAAUGGACACCUAGAAAGAUACAAACUGCGCCUAAGGGUUUUGAAACAGAACUGGCAAAAAUUGCAGGACUCAAAGCGCGUGAUUAUACACAUACCAUCGUUAGGAUACGCACAGCAAGUGCGCGACUUUCUACCAGAUAUUAGCGACCUCCAGAACCGUCAGGUUGGGAGAAUAUUUGAAUCAACCGAUCCAAACGUCGAUGUCAUAUACGUGUGGCCGUGGCAAUUCAGCGAGGAUACAGAAAAGUACUACAUGAAAUUGCUUGAUUUGACUGACAAAAAAAGGGAUGACAUAGAACCUCCUUCUAAAAGAUGUUCUUUAAUUUCACCAGAAUCUGCCCACAGAUUUCCGGCCCAUAGAAUGUGUGUUUCCACUCUGCUGAAGUACAGCACAAGAACAUUAAACAGGAUAAAAUCGUUGAUAAAAGGGAAAAAUGCUUACAUCGUUCCUGGUUUGAUGCAUGUCGAUGAUCUAUAUGUAUCUGAUUUUCUCGAUGUGCCAGUACUUGGGUGCGAACCAGAGGUGGCAACACUGUACUCUUCAAAAUCAGGUGCAAGACGUAUCUUUGAAGAUGCUAACAUUGACAGGGGUCCUGCAGAAACAGAUAUCUAUAGUAUUACGCAGCUGCAUGAGUCUCUCGCAAAUCUGGUCGCUGCAAAUUUACACACCAAGAGGUGGCUGUUUAAGAUAGAUGAUGAAGUUGAGGGCAGAGGCAUUGCGUAUUGUGACGUUGUUUCGCAUCUAACUUGCUACAACUGGGCAUUGAAGGAAGCAAGGCGUUAUGGGGAGAAAUGGAACAAAAAAUGGGCGCGAGAGGCUACUUAUAUCAAGAUUAUUUCUGAGAUUCCUGAAAUCCUAGACAAGUACUCCAUUGUUGUUGAUAAGAAUAGGUUCUAUACCUGGAGUGAAUUUCUCAACGAGUAUCUUAGUAAAGGUGGAGUAAUAGAAGCAAGUCCUCCUUCUGAAAGUGUAACCUCGCUCUCAGUAAAUGUUCUUAUUGAUCCUCUCGGACGAAGCGAAAUUAUUUCAGCCUCUGAUCAGAUUCACGGAUUGUCCCCGUACCGAUGCCUAGGUUUCACCUUCCCUCAGCUGUCCGUUGAGCCAAAUGAUAUACAGACAAUGACUGAUGCUAUAUGCUCUUCGUGUAGAAACAGAGGGAUCCUUGGUUAUUUAUCAAUCAAUUUUGUAACAUUCAUUGAUCCUUCAUCGCUAAAGCAAAGACUAUGGCCUGUUGGUCUUGACCUCUCGUAUAGUGCCAGCCACAGUACUUUUCAAGUUCUUAAGCACGUGACCAGAGGUGUCUAUAAUUUCAGCAGCAACUCGCUAACUGUGCCCGUGCUGACGAAGAAGGAGCGAUCUCCGUACAGAAGAAGCAGACGGAAGUCUGCUGAAAAGUACAAUGAAAAGACAGAGGAAGAGAGUCGUUUUGCUGUGUACAGUACAGUACUGAAACACGAAAACCUUCGGAGUGUCCAAUCUAGUGUGCUUUUUCAACUUUGCAAGUCGCAUGGAAUCGGAUACGAUAUCAAGGCAAAGCUUGGAACGGUCUUCACAUUAAUCGAUCAGCUUCACAAAGAUUCCUUCGGAAUUAUAACUGUAGGAGAGAGUAUGCAGCAGGCCUUGUCAUCGUUUGCAUUAAACCUCUCUCUCAUCCACCGUGACAUCUCUAGCCAUGAAAAGCAAGCAGUAUCAAAUAUUCCGGAUAUCAUCAGAAACAUCCAACUUAUUUUGGACAUAAGCACCGCAAACAUGCAACCCCAGGAUGCUAUCCAGUUCACAACAAAUAAUGGGCGUAGAAGCGUGGCGAGGACAGCUAAGCAAGACGAUGAAGAAUGUCGAGAAAUAACAGAAUCACCUCCUGAACGACUGCCUUGUCCAUCUCCUGUUACAGGUCCGGCCAGCCCAAUGUAAAAAAGUUAAGGACUUCUAAAUAUUGUAAUUUUUGCUGUUGUAUAAAAUAUAUAUAUUGUAAUUCAAUUUAUCGUGGUUAAAUGUAUAUAUUUUGAAGUAAAUAUUGAUA